UCCCCGACUGCACAUCAUCGUUCCACAGGACACGGUCAGGAUCAAGGAGAAGAUAUUUUUCAUGGCUUAUUUUCUUUGAUGUGCUUGGAUGGUUUCGUCCUGGGAAUCACCUUGAUAAGCAGGCUGAGAGAUAUGGUAACUGGAAGUGGAAAGUUGAAGAGCGUAUAAGCUUUUUAAGAGUGUUGCAAUGACUUCCGAUGAAAAUAUGACAUUCAAAUCAUACCAGGACAGGGCUAAUUUGUUUGUGAAGGAAUAUUUACUGGCAGACUCUCUGAUUCCAUAUACUUCUGUUAUCAGUGGCAUGUUAGCUUGCAAGAUGGUAUUUACAUUUGUCUUCGAUCUUACUCAGUUUCUUGGUUCUAAUUACUUUAAGAUUCAUUCCAACUUCUCCAAAGUCCAACGUAUUGAGUGGAAUAACCGUGCUGUAUCAACUACACAUGCUAUUUUCAUAACAACUAUAUCAUUGUACUUGGUGUUUUGCUCAAGUCUAUUUCGGGACAACCCUUCUUCUGAACUUAUUACUGUUCGAAGGUCUACACUAUCAACUUUUGCACUGGGGGUUUCUGUUGGGUACUUCAUUUCUGAUCUAGGGUCGAUAUUAUGGUUUUUUCCUUCUCUUGGUGGAUAUGAGUAUGUGAUUCAUCAUCUGUUGUCUUUAGUAGCAGUAGCAUACUCAAUGUUGAGUGGGGAAGGACAGCUUUACACGUUCAUGGUCCUCAUCUCUGAGACAACUACUCCAGGGAUCAAUUUAAGAUGGUAUCUUGAUGUGGCUGGAAUGAAAAAGUCCAAAGCUUAUCUCAUCAAUGGGGUUGUAAUAUUCAUUUCUUGGCUGGUUGCUAGAAUACUUCUGUUCAUAUACAUGUUUUACCACGUCUACUUGCACUUUGAUCAGGUUGAGCAGAUGCACCCCUUUGGGCAGAUACUAGUUGUUGCUGUGCCAGUGGUGCUAUCUGUUAUGAACUUGGUUUGGUUUGCAAAGAUUAUCAAAGGUUUGAGGAAGACAUUGGCAAAGAGACAGUGAAAUAAUCUUGUUAGAGAAACUUUCUGAAGAAAAUGUAUAGGCUAACACUACCCAUGUUGAUAUCAACCUCACAUUGCUUCCCAUGUGGAUCUUAACUUAUUGUAUAAACAUUUCUGCUUUUUAAUAUUUAUAAAUAUAUAGACCAGAGGUGAUUUACGUGCAA